GGUUUACCGCGCCAUAUGUAUUGAAAGCAAUACGUCUCCCUAAUACCCCCUGAAUAUAGUCUUCGUUACGACGGCUUCUGACUAUAGGGUGCUAUAGAAUCAACACGUUUCGACGGCUGUCAUUGUCAUGAGGCUGUUCUUAGUACCGAUGUGGCUUAUGUGUUCCCCACACCUAUAAAGCCAUGCCAGUCGUAUCACCUGUUGUCGGUCAACGCCAUUACGCCACAUUCUCUCCCUCUCAUAUUUUUACCAUCCUCCCUGUGAUGCCCUCUACAUUCACUAGACGAGUCGGUGACCCCUUUAACGUUCCUGGCGCCGACCUCAUUAUUCGCAGUGAAGAAAAAUGGGACUUCGCCGUCUACAAGGAAGACUUGAAACGAUGCAGUAGAAAGCUUGCUGCGAAGCUGGCUACACAAGACAACAGGCUAGCUAUCCUUGAAGUCAUCGAAAGUAAAGUAGUGUGGUGGGCUAUUCUCUUGCAAAUUUACCCCGACUUGGCACCACCCAACGAUGCCUAUAUCUCAGUGGGGGUCGUGAACACCGCUUAUGAUGUCGCGAAGGGAUACGAGAUGGAUGUUGUAGUCCCAAAGCUCAGGAAGAUUCUUGACGAAUUAAUCAGGCACAGACCGCUGUAUGCAUUUGACACUUUUGUCCGGCAGAAGAAGGCGGAAUGGAGAGAGAAUUGUCGUCAGGCAGCAUACCUCACGCUCGAAGGUCCCGUGGACGGGGACCUCUCUCUCGAUAGCGAUGAAUUGUUGCCUGGCGGAAAAGAAAUGCUCCGACGUUAUAGAGAUGGUUGCAAGGCGGCUGCGGUGCAAGCAUUACUACAAAGCGUCCAACUUCCUGGUAUUAAAGGCGCCAGGCCGUGCUGGUUAUAUUGUGGAGGAUGUAAGGGUGUCUGGUAUAUUGAAGCAGGUACUAAGGGGCAGGCGACAAGUGAUAACGACAACGUGCUCUGCGCUGAAUGGUUCGCGAAGUUCCUCCGUGAAGUCGUGACCCGUCUCCGCACUCGACUGUCACCACGCGUACUUCAAAACCUAGCGUUGCCGGUUACCUAUUUAUUGGAUGCCGACGCGCCCAUAUGCAGGACGUGCCAGACCUGCAGGGCAUCUGCCUUGUCCGACUUGAGUACGUUCUCCUCCGUUGCGAUGCAACGUAUCGAGAGGUCAAUCUCAGAGGUACAAGUUUAAUUGUUCUACGGAGCAUGGACACACCUGCUAGUUUAUGAUGUAUUCAUAUCAGUUUUCUAACACUCUCCGUAUGGCCCAACGUCUUGUAUACCCUGGAUCAUCUAUGCUUCCCCCUCGUUUCUGUCGAGUUGUAGCGCUAACCAAUCAGACUGACCUGUACUAAAUAGUAUGACAGCGACGUUCAAAACGAUAGGCCUGAAUUUUUUUCAAGAACCUAUCAUUCUGAACGUGGAUGGAAGUAUAUACGCAAAGCUUUGAAUGGAGUCUUAACUUGUCAAGUG